UUCUGUGUGCAAGAGUUCAGUGAGUUUAACCAUGAAGAUCCAAUGUGAUGUGUGCAACAAGGAGGAGGCCGCUGUAUUUUGCUCAGCAGAUGAAGCUGCCCUCUGUGAUGGUUGCGAUCGGUACGUCCAUCACGCGAACAAGCUCGUCAGCCAGCACAAGCGUCACUCGCUUAUUCGCCACAACUUCCAAGAAUUUCCUCUGUGCGAUAUUUGCCAGGAGCAGCGUGGUUUGAUUUUCUGCAAAGAAGAUAGAGCAAUUCUUUGCACGGAGUGCGACCCUCCCAUACACGAGUCCAAUGAGCACACGCAGAAGCACAGCAGGUUCCUUUUCACCGGAGUCAAAAUCUCCGGUUUUUCCUCGCCGUGCCGCACCUCCUCCUCGUCAUUGACUAACCUUGACACAUCCAUCAGUACCCGAACUAAGGAAUCACAGUCUUCAUAUGAAAAUGGACGAUCGAUGGAGUUUUUAAAUUCUUCCCAUGCUGACCAAGACGAUGAUCAUAUGAUCGACACCAGCUCAUUCUCAACAAGCAGCAUAUCAGAGUACUUCACCAAGAUGCUGCCUGGUUGGCGAGUAGAUGAUUUCCUCGAUUCUCCAUCAGCUCCCAUUAAUGGUUAAAGGGCCGCAGAACACAGUAAAUUUUCUACCCACGGACGUACACUCAAAUCUCACGAAUGUCCGUUGAUAUUUCUGCAUGGUUUAUUUAUUUUUAUUAUUAUUACUUUGGCGGACAGAGGAUAGUGAUCACGUAAAUAUUACUAGCGUAGACUCACAUCGGACACUCUGUUUCAGCUCAGUCUGCUCACCUUCCUCUUUCCCAAUCUGAGUGUGAUUUACU